UCGUCUUGGUACUGGCGGUACUGGGUCGAAAUACAAAAGCGACUGCGCCUAGCGCACUUUACAUGUUUAUUAAGCUAUGAGUAAAGCCAUUAAACGAAUUGAUCGUGCAAGUGUUCACAGGAUAUGUUCGGGGCAAGUUGUGUUAAAUCUUGCUAUGGCAGUAAAAGAGCUUGUGGAAAACAGCGUGGAUGCCGGAGCAAAGAACGUUUGUGUACGACUCGUAGAGUAUGGAAGCAAACUCGUAGAAGUAACAGAUGACGGGGAGGGUGUCGAGGAAGAAAACUUCGAAGGCCUUUGCUUGAAGUAUCACACCUCUAAGCUCAGAGAGUUUUCGGACCUAGAGCAGGUGGGAACUUUUGGAUUCCGUGGUGAGGCGCUGAGCUCACUGUGCGCUCUCAGCGAAGUUGUUGUCAGCACCUGCCAUCGAACUGCGUCACAAGGUACACAGCUCAAGUUUGACAACCACGGCAAUGUCACCUCCAAGACUGUAUGCGCACGAGAGCGAGGUACAACGGUGAGCCUGCACAACCUUUUUUCUACUCUUCCCGUGAGGCGUAAAGAGUUCACGGCGAACUUGAAGAGAGAGUUCAACAAGAUGGUCAACCUGUUGACGGGAUACUGCUUGUCGGCACCACAGGUCACCAUCGUGUGCACCAACCUUCUCGAGAACGGCCGCAAACAGACAGUGCUCACCAGCCAGGGUGCUUCUUCCGUUCGGGAAAGUAUAUCCACCUUGUUUGGCAGCAAAGAGGUCGGAAAACUGCUCGAAAUACGGCAAGAAUUUCCAUCGUCCGAUGUCCUGGAAGAAUAUUCUCUUUCCAAGCUCACUCCCGAAGACGCCGAACAUAUCAGAGUGGAAGGGUAUGUAUCAUCGUGUGCCCACGGGUCCGGACGCAGUUCGGCGGACCGUCAGUUCUUUGCCAUCAAUAAUCGUCCGUGCGAUUUACCGAAGUUGUCCAGGGUAGUAAACGCAACGUACCACAUGUUCAAUCGACACCAGUACCCAUUUGCGUACAUCAGUGUCGCCAUGGAAACAGACACCAUCGACAUCAACGUUACACCUGACAAACGUUCCAUACUUGUCCACAAGGAAGCUCUUCUGCUCGCUAUAGUCAAGUCUUCUCUGCUGACCAUGUUUCGUGCCGUUGCUGGGACGUACGAAAAGCAAAACUCUUUUUCCUCACAAACAAAGAGUCCCCUGUCUUCCUUCUUGAGCCAGUCGUCUACCUCACCAGCGAGUUCACCAGCAGGUACACCUACGAGCCCAGCAAGCAAGAGGGCACGUCACGAAAGUCCUUCACCGCGAACAAUGCUGCCACUGUCGCUGAAAAAUUUUAAGUUUGACCGUACUGGGUCCGCACUGAAAGGAUCUCCCGCAGCAUCAUCUACCCCGUCUACGGCUUGUGCUUCAGAGAGGAUGUUUACGACACCUUCUUCGAGUACUAGAGAGGUUGUCGAAGAGUCUCCUAUGUCGGCAGAAUUUCACGUGCAAGAAAAUAGACCAGAUUCUAAAGAGCAUUGCACGUAUUCCCUUAAAACGACAACCCUCGCAGAGACAAACCAAAGUGUCACCGAAAGGCAGCUGAAUGCUUCUAAGAAGACGAGACGAAACAUAUUUCCUGGUAUGCCUGGUAAAACAAAGCCCGUGUCGGGGGUGGACGCUUUGCGAGCGUUUCAGUUCAAAUCGCGGAAAUCUGGUGGUGAGGAUAUCGCACAAAACGACGUCCACGGCGAAGAUGAGUCUCAAGAAAGCGUGGACGACUGCGCACCUUUCCUUUUGGAUGAUGAGCCUUCCAUCAACGAUGAUGCUGCGAUGAUGGAAGAGGAUAACGAAGAUCCUUUACAAUGUCGUUUGAGCCAACACCAUCCACAGGUCGUUGACAAGGUCGACAACAUUGCGGAAGAAGACUGUGAAGGACUGCUCGACGUAGAUGAACCCUGCGAUAUUGCUCGUCGAGAACGGAAGUUGGAAUUCAGCUUUUCUCAUGUUGUUGCUGCUUUGAAGAGCAAUGAUUCUAAAAAGGCAGAUCUAGAUUCGUAUGCGAGGAGGUUUAUAGCCAGCAUUGAGCCAGGUGCAAAUGCUGCGGCAGAGAAAGAGCUGGACAGGGAGAUCAGCAAGGACAAGUUCGCUCAGAUGGAGGUCAUAGGACAGUUCAAUCUGGGAUUUGUCGUUGUGAGGUUGGAAGAAGACCUGUUCAUCAUCGACCAACAUGCUGCCGACGAGAAAUACAACUUCGAAAUGCUGCAGCGGGAUACCGUGAUGCAGACGCAGAAGUUGCUCCUGCCGCAGGAAUUGGAGUUGACGGCCGUGAACGAAUCAGUUCUACUGGAAAACAUGGGAGUGUUUGAGACCAACGGCUUUGGCUUCAUGGUGGACGAGUCGAGGCCCAUGGGACGAAGGGUAGCAUUGGUCAGCAUUCCAGUCUGCGGGAGUUCGCAGUUCGGAAAGGAAGAUGUAAAUGAACUCAUUUUUAUGCUGAGUGACAACCCGCACACAAUGUGUCGGCCAUCGAAAGUUCAGCAGGUGUUUGCCAUGCGAGCGUGUCGCAAGUCCAUCAUGGUCGGAACACCUCUGACGGCUGCCAUCAUGAAGAAGAUCGUUGGCCACCUUGGGGAACUGGAACACCCAUGGAACUGCCCACACGGUCGGCCGACCAUGAGACACCUUGUCAGUCUUGCUACUCUACCAUAAAACGAGCAAUACUUUCAAAGAAUCUUGGAAAAGUACGCAUUUUACAUGAAACAUACGGGACAUAGGUGAAGCCAGCAUCAAAACAAGGCAUCGCAGCGUACGUUGAAGCAAGUUGGACAAUACAUUACGCUCAAAAUGCUUGUAAAUAUGUACAAUAUGUGUAAAUAAACAAACAUUUUUUUUA